GUGCACUACUAACCACCACAAAUUUCCUAUGUGCUUAUUUUGCGCUACGCAGUUUCAAAUGCUUUAUAAAUACAGCCAUUCUGAUACAGUUUACAGCAUUUCCCUCACUAAAUCUUAGCCAUUACUGCAAUCCCCUAUGGAAUAACUUACGAUUUCAUUUGUUGGUACUAGGUGAAGCAGUCACCUAGUUAAUCGACACGCCUAUCUUAAAUGAUCAUAGUGAAUUAGUAAUUGACAGAUGUGCCUGUUAAAUCACUUACUUAUUUAUUCUAAUAAACCGCAACUGCAGUGGCGUUCAUUCACUUUUGCUGAUCAACAACUCAUCACUUCCAUCGUGUGUAUGUGGAUUUGUAUGAAACAACUUCGUUAAAAUACGAAUUGUUUUUGUUUCCAUCGUUCACCGCGAUGAAUCAUUAUGAUCAUUAUUAUCAUAAUACCAAGCAUUAGGUUAUAUGCACCAUCGUUGUGUAGCAUAUUACUGUGGGAUUUUUGAGUUUCUCUCUAUUUUUCUUUUUCACUCUAAGAAUGACCACGUCAGAGGAAAACAAAGUAUGCUUACUUUUCUUUUUUUCUUGAACAAAAUAAUGAAAUAUAUAUACCCACCAAAUGUUUUUGUUAUUGUGUCUAUGCCCGUAGGCUUAUUCCACACAGAAGUGAAUGAAGUGUUGUGUAUAUAUGUGUUUUGAUUCACCAGAAAAUGUAUUAUUCUCAUUACAGUAUCUCAUUAUUCAAUGGGAUGCACUAUGGGCUAAACAACACCUUGGAUACUUUCACACGACAUAGAAUGCAUUACCUUUUUACGCAUACAUUUUUAGCUAAUUCAGUUAAUACUAUUUUAACACCAUUUACGUGUUGAAUUUGUCCAAUCGAGCCAAGAAUAUUGCUUACCCAACUUUACCUGAAUACAAGAUAAAGCGCUUCCGGAGGGUUUAAUAUUAAAGACCUGAACGUUAUGGUUCAGGAGGCUGCGUUAAGUAGAAAACAUGGAGCUGGUCACUGUCUGGAGACCUUUGUUAAAUUGAUCACGUUAGGUGGGUUAGCUACAGUAGGGUUAAAUAGGAAAAGUGUUAAAGUUGGUGAGACCAGUGACUAAUGUCAUGACCACAUUUAGGGGUGUAUUUCGCCUGCCUGGUUUUCUGGGAUAACAAAAAUCUAUCCUUCACAAUCGUGCACCCUUUUUCGAAUUAUUCCUAUCUGUACAAGAUUAUUCUUUAUAGUGACAUUACAAUUAUAUUCUUUUCUUUUCGAAGAAUGAAAACCUCCACCGGUGAAUGUUUAUGGAAAGUUCUACGUUCAUUAUUUAGUCGUUAGUCUGACAUAAAAUUAUUAUUCAAUAUUCGAAUGAGAUUCAGUGUGUUUCAGGAUGUCCUUUACCUUCGUUCAUGGUUUUCGCUUUCUAUCAACCACUACAGAGUUAAGUUACCUUUCCUCAAAUAACUAAGUGGGUAUAUUACAGACAUAAGUAUUGCCAAAAAACAUUUUGUAAAUAUGUUUAUUUGAUCAUAUUUUGUUUGUCGACUGUUUCACAGGAAGCAAAAGGUUUUAUCGAACUUUCUAAAUUCUCAAAGUAUGAAUUCCUUUCGUUGUUUAUUUUGAAAAAAUUGUCUAACUGACUUAUUGACCCUGGGUUGUUUGCAUUGUGUUUAUUCAAGUUAAUGAAAGUAUUUUAUUCACAAUACAAAGUGCUGUUGCUUGCUUUUAUUUUGUUUCCACUAAUGUUUCCCUCAGUUGCCUUCUGUGUCUCUCCCAAUUGUGAAUUUACCUCUUUUUCAGUACUACAUUUCAAUGGAAUGGAGUCUGUGACGAAAACGGUUAAUCUACAGAAUGACUGUACACUGGAUACUGAUGGCGCCGUUGCAAAGGAAUAUACUUGUCUAACGUCGGAUUUAGAAAGUUAUGCAUUUGAAUAUGUGACUGUGAAUGUGAGAGGCCUUUAUAAAUUUCAUGUCUACGGUGUACCGUUUAAUUAUCCUGAAAUUGAACUAAUUCCGUCGAAGGAGAAUGAUAAAAGUAUCAGCGAUGAUUUACUGCAGUUGAGUUGUAUAGCCAAAUCGUGCGAUUCAAUGAUAUCAUAUGAAGGUGGACGGCAUCGUAAAUCAAGUGUUGGAGCUGCUUCUUGCCCGAUGAAUGGUCAUAUUAUACGAUGUGAAUAUCUGGAUUUAUUGCGUUUAUCGUUGAAUAAUACAGAAAGAAAAGAAUUAACAAAUCAAGGUGUGGUUAAUACAGAAAUUAGUUCAAUUAUGUCAGAGCUUAAAGUGCUGGAAUCUAGUGCAGAGAAAUUGGUUGUCACUGUACCAAGAACUCAUCAGUAUUAUGGACAAUAUCAGUGCAGUUGUCAGACAACUGAUAGCAAGAAAUCACAACUUUUCUCGCCGUCUACAAGCCUUAAAGAGUCAGACUUUGAUCAAGAUUUUGUAUUUCAAAAAAGUUAUAUAGCUGUAUUUGUGGAGGAAAAUAUUACACCUAAUGGUGGAUUUAUUGAAUUGCCAGAAAAUGAACAAGAAGGGUAUUUCAAGUUUGAAAUUGUCGGUCAUAGUUUGUUGAAAAACAUCCACCUGGAAGUGACAUUUAUGGAAAAUGGACAAGCGGAAAAUAGGACAGAACCGCUCACACUUGAGACAACUGUACAAGCAUUUCCAGAUGUUAAAGACGACUCAGAAGUGUGGUCUAUCCCAGCCUACAAAUAUGAAUUAAAAGAGGCAUGGCCAGACGCUGUUGACGAUAAUUUAGUUACUAUCACAUGGAGUGUAUCGAAAAAUCCAAUCACCGAUUCUCAAUCUGUUAUUAAAGAUAUCUUUCGAACUCUAGUUAUAUCCCCUAGUGGAGAGAAUAAAAUUCGUGCGUGGGUCUGGCAAAGAGAUUCACAACUAUUGGAUAUUAGGGCGUAUCAUCAACUGGCUGAAAAUGCUGAAGGCAGUCAACCUAAGACGUUAAUACUUCAACGUACGGGUUGUUCUAGUGAAGAUGAAAGCACGGUUGUUGCAUCGGUACAUCUUGAAGGCGGACAAUGUAACACAGAAAAUGAUGAAAUUGUAAAGUGUAUACGCACAACUCAUGGACAAGUGAUCCAGUUUACACUGAAAGACCCGUCUACUUCGGAUGUAUACAAAUUGAUGACGAAAGGUGAAGUUGAUGAAUCUAGUGUUGAUCUGGUUACCUCAAGUGCUCUCGGUGAGACAGUAAAAGAUGAUAUAAAAGAUGCUCAGUUGAGCAUGACAAUUGACGCUAUUCAACAUGAUCAAGAAACACAAGAAACUGAGAUGGAUGCAACUGUUCAUAUUGGUUCAAAAGUGAUUGCAGAUAAUGUUGCCUGUAGACCAACUUAUAUAUUACUGGAGUUUAUGGAGCCAAAAAUUGAGACAAUAAAAUCCAAAGUAUCCGGCAAACAAACAACAUUUCGAGUGAAACUACCGGCUAACCAAAAAGAUGUGAGCUUGGAGAUGAACUUACUAGUUGGUUCAGUCGAUCCGACUCUUGCAGAAGGUAGCGUAAAAGAAUCUGUCAAGUUUGUAAAUCCAGCCUACAUAUCUGCUGAGAUUGUGGCUGAUACGCAAAACGAAAAGAUUAAAUGGUAUGGAUUACCGAAAAUGUUCAACAAUCUCCUUAUUGAUUACAAUGCAAAAGUUUCUGGAUUCGUGAAAGCCUGUGAACAAACAAAAGAAUUUGAUUUACCUGUCAGUCAUCAAGAAACUGAAAAUGGAACAGUUUAUGAAAUGAUGUUGAAAGAUAUUCCUGAUUCUACAAUAACAAGACUUGGUAUAGCUGUUGAAUACACUGUAACUGUGACACCAAUAUUCAAAGGAUUUGACGAGAAAUUGACUUCACAUGGUAUGGCAUCCUCACUUGAAUUUUCGAUGGGUCGAAGGGGUCAAACUGAACUUAAAGCUCCAGCAUCCGGUCGUUAUCAUUCAAUACAAGUUCAAGUCAAACCAAGUCAAACAGCCAGUUGUUUGAAUAUGGAGACGUUCAAAACACAGUUCACAUUGAGAGUGAUUGGUGAGGAAGCUGAAUACCCAGAUUAUAUAUCACAAGUGAAUUAUGUACCAAUCACAACAAAAUCUCCGGACACUAUGGAUAUGCAUAACUCUGUAAAGUCGUAUAAAAUUGAAAAUCUUCUACCUGGAAGGCGAUAUGAAUUACAGGCGGAAGUUACCUAUUCAUCAGACAACUUCAAAGAUGCAAUUUCUGAACCAGUUCGUCUAUGGACAGAAGAUGAGGUUCAUGUUCAAACUGAGGAGAUUUUUGUAUCACCUGGGGAACGUGUAGUCAUUAACUGUACAGGAUCUGUGGGACCAAGUGGUGCAUCUCAGAAAACUUUAGAAUGGAAGACGAUUGACGGUAGCCGUUUGCCUGAAGGCAGUCGAUCAUUGAAAACACAGGAGGCAAAGUCGGCACCAUUAUGGUAUGCAAUGGAAUCUCUGAUAUUCGAUUCGGUGAAUAAAAAUCAUGCAGGUGUCUACACUUGUUUCAUAAGACCUUCAAUAUCUGAGCUAAUGCAAAAGAAAGUCGAAUUACACAAUGUAACUGUGACCGUCAGUGAUUUGGAGCUUGAUAUGUCUUCUAAGGUUGCUGACUUAGGUGAAAAGAUUGUUGUCACAUGUCGCACUGCUAGUCCUGGACAAUUGGACUGGAUUCUUCCAUCUGGAGGAAAAGUGGAAUCAGUUAGCGAAAUGAAAUCAGAUGAAUCAAAUUAUGAACCAUAUUCUGUUAAGAAAGAUGAUGAUACUGAUGACAAUGCAGACAAAACAGACGGUGCAAGACUGUCAGCUCAGCUUGUUCUGCCUAAAGUUGAUUUAACUAAGGCUGGAAAGUAUGUCUGCCUACAUUCACCUUCAAAUAAUAAACAGACCUUCAAUGUACAAAUGAAAGAAGCUGUGAGCUUGUUGAAAUCAUCUGAAAGUUCAGAAGAAUCCGGCAAAACUUUUAUACUUGUGUGCAGUGCUAACCUAGGCAGUGUGGAACAAUCUGUUGUCUGGUAUAAGAAACCCAAUCCUAGUUCACCAUGGUUAGAGAUAACGCCAACAGUCCAACAUGUUGAACAUAUUAAAAUUGUGCACGAAAAUCCUGAAGAAACACCUCUAUCUGGACUAUGGAUAUCACAGUUGGAGGGUAGAAAUUCGCCUGCCUCUACAGGGGAAUAUAUGUGUACAAUACAAAAUCCGCAGGCGUUCAGAAUGACACAAAUGGAACUUGGCCUACAGAGGGAAGAAGUCAGUGAUUUCUCACAAAUUACACAUUCAACUAUAACAGUGCCAGUCAAACCGGUUUUAAAAAUAACACAGCCGCUAAAAUUGAAAACAGGUCAAGUACAUGUUCAAUGUCAAGGUUAUCCAGCCCAUCUAAAAGAUCGCUUACAAUGGGUGUACAUUCCCUCGGAUGAUGCAACAAAGGUUAUUCCAAUAGUGCAUCUGAAUCCAAAAGAUGAAGAACCUGAACAACAAAAUCAAGAGAAACAGGAUUCCACUGAAGAGAAGGCAAUAGACGAACUUGUCGGGCUAACAUUUCACCUGUCCGAUAGUACUCUGGCUACGUGGCCAGGAUCUGCAGGACCUCAGAUCCUCGCGCAAUCUGCAGCUAUUGAACAUGAAAAUUCACCUAAACAAUUGUUUACUCCAGAACGCUUAAAUCUUGUGUUUGAUAAUACGAAUGCUGAGAAGUUUUCCGAAGGAACUCUAUCUUGCAGAUAUUUAAGAGUUAAAGGUGUUUUACCAAUGGACACCGAUGAGGCAGCUGCAUCACUUUCUGCUAGUGGUAUUUCCCAAACAAAUGGCGAAGAUGAAAUCUUGGAGAAAAGUGAUAUAUCUAUGAAAGACUUAUUCGACGCAAAAGAGGACGACGGUAUAUCGGUGAUGUCGAACUCGAUAAAUGAAUCAGACGACCUUCUCUCUGACGGGGAAAGAAAUGAAACCAAUAAAAAAUCAAUCUCUGUUUUCAUUUACAUUAAUAUCAUUGCUUUAUUGAUUAUUUUUAUGCAGAAUAAUAAUAAUAAUUUUUGAAUGGAUGUUAGAGUGUGCUUGUGUGUAUGCCGACGAGUGCACCACCAGACUUUUAUUUUUUGCUUCUUGUCUUAUUCAUUAUUCGUAAGUAUUUUUUCACCCUAUUCCACCCUGAUUAUCUCCUUGAUUAUAAGACAUCAGUUCGCACUACUGCCUCUUUUGAUUGCGUCUUCUGAUUGUUUUCUUAAUGAAUGAACAGAUUCUAUGUUCAUUUGUAUUUUCUUUUAGCUUUAAACCAGUGGUUCGCUUAUACUUGUCACUUGUAUCACCCAUGUUGCUUGGUUUCAAACAGAAGCUAAAUAAUAUAGACUUCUAUGACUAUAGAUCUACUAGGCUUCUGAAUCGAGCAAGUGUUCUCUUCAUUAUGUAAUAUUAAGUUUGUUGCACUUUAUUGUCAUUGUCAACACAAUUUUAAGAGCUCGAUUGUGAUUACUACCUUGAUUUUUUUCUAUCACAGUAUUCCUGCGUACUUCUGCUUCACCCUAAGCUAACCAGUAUACGCAUCAGCCUUCAAGUCAUUGGAAAAGCAUUUUCAUAUGAUAUUUUCUAUUUUGAAGGUGAUCAGGUGUGAUCAACACUCCGAUUUCAUUUACUUAUUUAUUUAUUUAUUUAUUUAUUAAUUGAUCAAUAGUCAUUUAGAUGUUGUCCUUAUAAUACACAUGUGCACAUUUUAUGAAUGCACUGAGAAAGAAGUAAUCCACGCCCUUUCUGUCUUGAAAACGUUUACAGUUUAGAUUUGAUGUUAUUCUUCUCGUUGUUGUAGUCAUUAUCCAAUCGCCUUCACAUCUCCAAAAUACCCAUGGUGGAUAGUUUGAGAAAUUAUAUAGUCUCUCAUGCAUAUUCGCAUACUAGAGCUUGUAUUAAUUAUUACUCUUAUCACUGUUGGCAUUGCUAGAUUCUUUUGAAACACUCUUUUGGUUGGAUUUCAAUCUCUUCUUUCUUUCUUUCCUUUCACUUUUGUUUUUGCAUAUUCAAACAGAAUUAAAUGGAAAGUAUGAUAUUCAUUCUAUUGACAUAAUUUAUUCCUGGAACUAUUUUUCUGUGUUUAUUGGGUAUUUUGUGUGAGUGAAUCAACGAACGCACCUAUUAUUGUUAUCAUUAUUAUACUGCCGCAAACUGUUUUUUGUGUAAAUACAUGUGUGACGUAGAAUUGUUUUUCAUUAUAAUUUGACUACUGUGAUCGUAGAUAAGUAGAUAAGUUAUAAAGUAAACAAGU